ACCACGGAGUGACGCGUAACGUGAUUCACAGUGUGCAUCGUGAGUGAAGCCGAGAUUCUGUCUAGCUUUCCACAGCUCUAUUUCCUCUCCUUUAUCACUCUCUGCUGUAGGUGCAAACAAAAUUGUCAAGGAUGUCUUCCCGCAAAACUGCCGGUCGCCGUGCCACCACGAAGAAGCGUGCUCAACGCGCGACAUCGAACGUUUUCGCGAUGUUCGAUCAGGCACAAAUCGCCGAGUUCAAAGAAGCUUUUAACAUGAUCGACCAGAAUCACGACGGAUUCAUCGACAAAGAGGAUUUGCACGACAUGCUGGCCUCUUUGGGCAAGAAUCCUACUGAUGAAUACUUAGAGGCGAUGAUGAACGAAGCGCCUGGACCCAUCAAUUUCACGAUGUUCCUGACAUUGUUUGGAGAGAGACUACAAGGGACUGAUCCUGAAGAUGUGAUCAAAAAUGCCUUCGGUUGUUUCGACGAGGAAAAUACUGGUCAUAUAAACGAGGAGCGUCUUCGCGAACUGCUCACGACGAUGGGCGACAGAUUCACGGAUGACGAUGUUGACGAAAUGUACCGCGAGGCGCCUAUUAAAGGUUCCAUGUUCGACUAUCUGGAGUUCACUCGAAUCCUGAAGCAUGGCGCGAAGGACAAGGACGAGCAGUAGUGAGAAUCCACGCAAGAAAUCCCCGCCAUGGAAUCUUAAAUAAUAUUCGAAGUUUCUCGCACGCUUCUCGCGCUUUUUGCGGAUUAUAGAUCCAUCCGAGAUAUUAUCAACAAUUAUCUUCUGAUUUUGAUGAUUACAUACAUAUAUGCCGAACAAUUUCAAAUCGUAAUUUGCAUUAGGAAUUCUAGUCUCUUAGAAAUGUCUAUUCACAUUUACACUUGUUGAAUUUGAAAACAUAAACUGAAUAAUCGUAAGAUAAAUUUAGAAGCGCGAGAUGUGUGUGUGUAUGCGCAUUUUGUAGAAAAAUUGUUUCGAAGUAUUCAAGCGUAACUUCUCGAAUGAUUACUACUGUACAGUCAGUAAAAGUUAAACAUGUAAGAUAUUUAUAUAAAAACAUGUAACUCUGUUGUAGAUUCAGCAUUUAUAUUUUAAUAUAAUAUUCUAUUGCGUACGAAACUGUCACGUUGUCUUAUAUUAUUAAACCUUCUAACAAGAGAUCAUUAUAUAAUAGCACAUAAAUUUAACACCCUUAUUGACAGCAAUAAUAAUAGAUUGAUAUUUAAGCAUAAAGAGACGAGAAGAGCCAAGAAACGAGCAUACAAUAAAUUGAAUGUCAAAUUAAAACUUUAAUAACGUCAUUGUAUAAAAAACCUAGAACGUUUUUGGACUACACAGAGUUAUUUUCAGCUAGCAGAUUUCAAAAAUCGUGAAAUAAAUUAUAAUAAAUAAAA